AUGGAAGGCAGUCAAUUCCUUGCAGCUUUUGCAGUACUAGUCUUGGCUUUGGCUUUCUCAUUGGCCUUUGCCGACGAUCCUAGCCCUCUCCAGGACUUAUGUGUGGCAAUGGAUGAUCCCAAGAAUGCUGUGUUUGUCAAUGGGAAGUUCAGCAAGAACCCAAACCUCACUGUUGCUAAUGAUUUCUCAUUUUUGGGACUCAACAUUCCUGGAAAUACAGGGAAUCAAGUUGGAUCAAAUGUCACCCUCGUGAACGUUGAUAAAAUGCCAGGACUUAAUACUCUUGGUAUUUCUCUGGCUCGGUUAGACUUUGCACCCAAUGCUGGCUUAAAUCCUCCUCACACUCACCCUCGUGCCAUAGAGAUCUUAGUAGUCGUUGAAGGAACCCUUUAUGUUGGCUUUGUGACAUCCACCCCUAAUCGCCUUAUCACUAAAGUGUUUUAUCCAGGAGAUGUAUUUGUGUUUCCAAUCGGUCUCAUUCACUUCCAGUUCAAUGUUGGAAAGACAAAUGCAGUUGCCUUUGCUGGUCUAAGCAGCCAAAACCCUGGUGCUAUCACUAUUGCAAAUGCAUUGUUUGCGUCAAAUCCACCAAUUAAUCCUGAUGUUCUAGUUAAGGCUUUCCAAUUAGACAAGAAUGUUGUCAACUAUCUUCAGAAGUUAUUCUGGGAAAGCAAUUAA